GAGGAGAAUCGUAAAAAUGAAGGGAUAGAUGAGAGAGACGGUCGUUGUGCAUCGUGGCCGUUCUGGCUUGUUCGGUUACAGCGUAGUCGCGGGUUCGGCUUCAUCACGUUCGCCGAGCCGGGUAGCGUGGACAAGGUGCUGAAGUGUCCAAUCCACACGCUGGACGGCAAGAAGAUCGACCCGAAGCACGCGACGCCGAAGAACCGCGCGAAACAGGCGAACAGGACCAAGAAGAUCUUCGUGGGCGGCGUCAGCCAGGACACGAGCAGCGACGAAGUGAAGGCCUACUUCAACCAGUUCGGCAAGGUCGAGGAGACCGUGAUGCUGAUGGACCAGCAGACGAAACGGCACCGCGGCUUCGGGUUCGUCACGUUCGAGAACGAGGACGUGGUGGACCGGGUCUGCGAGAUCCACUUCCACACGAUCAAGAACAAGAAGGUCGAGUGCAAGAAGGCGCAGCCGAAGGAGGCGGUGCAGCCCGGCGCGCUGGCCCUCGGCAAGAGGGUGGUGCUGGGCGCGCUGGGCGUCCGGCUGGCGCCCCAGCCGCCGCUUCCGGUCGCCGCGGCCUCCCAGAUCGUCGCCGCGCAGGCACAGGCGCAGGUACAGGCGGCAGCGGCCGCGGCCGCAGCCGCACAGGUCCAGAACGCCGUGGCCGGAUACGGG